AUGGAAGGAUGCAAGAUCGUAUGCGAAGUAAUAGCACCAAAGGCUGGAGAUGAACUUUUGCAAUCGUGUGUGCAGUUACCCAAGCAAGAGACUGAAAAUGUUUCAGAUGAGCUGAUUACCCUUAUGCAAGCGCACAAAAAUGCUCCAACCAGAAAUUUAAAAACACAAAUUUUGAGUCUUUAUGCUUACCAGUAUUCCGCGAAAAAACUGAAAAAGCUACAUGAACCGUACGAACGCAUAACUGAUUGGCAAGUCAAGAGAGCACGAGCUCACGCGAGCACGUCAAGAGAGCACGAGUUUCACGAAAUGAAACUCCAGUAUUUCGAAGAGUUAGUACGUCUCGGUAUUAGCACCAUUAUGCCAAUAAAGAAAACGGCUUUGCAUGUACACGAUCCUCCAUGGAUUACUGCAGAAUUUAAAGAGCUUAUAAGGAAGCGUCAAGCUGCCUUCUGCAGUGGAAAUACCUUUCAGUUUAAGUAUUACCGGAAUCGGGUUAACCGCGAGCGAAAGACAUGCCGGGCGAAAUUCUACUCUUCAAAAGUAAAGAAUCUUAAAUCGACCAAACCGAAGAGAUGGUGGAAGGAGGUGAAGCAGAUUGCUGGUAUGGUACCUACAACCGGCUCCGAUGACCUAUGUAGUCAACUUCAUUUAAACGAUAUCGAGAAUAUGCAACGUCCUGACAUUGCGAAUUUAAUUAAUAACGCCUUUUUGGAGCCCAUGAACUCCUUCAAUCCACUGUCAACCCUUCCCCCCUUUGAUAAUUAUUCCUCUUUUCAAGUGAACGAAUUGGAAGUCUUUCAUUUACUGAAAGCAAUUAAUCGUGGAAAGGCGUCAGGUCCUGACGAAAUUCCCAAUUGGGCUCUUAAGGAAUAUGCUGAAAUCCUUGCACAGCCAGUAUGCGCUGUGCUAAACAGCAGCUAUGCCGAACAACAACUACCUAAAUCUUGGUAGCUUGCCAACAUUGUGCCCCUCAUAAAAACUAAGCCCGUUAGCGACAUUUGUAAGCAGUUACGACCAAUUUCACUUACUGCCGCUAUUUCGAAAAUCGCCGAGGACUGUGUUGUUAAAAAAUACAUUGCUCCAGCUAUCAUGAGUAUAAUCGAUCCAAGUCAAUAUGGAGUAAUACCAAGAAGUUCAACUACUCUCGCUGUUAUAUCUAUGAUCCAUGAAUGGUCGCAAGUUACUGAUGGCACUGGCUCUGCUGUCAGAGUCAUCCUGUUCGAUUAUAGAAAAGCAUUCGACCUUAUCGAUCAUGCUUUACUGGCUGAUAAAAUUUCCAAUUUAGCUAUUCCACGUGCGGUUGCUCGCUGGACAAUCGAUUUUUUGAUGAAUCGAAAGCAGAGAGUGAAAUUAUCCAAUGACUGCUAUUCGGAGUGGGGAGAUGUACUUUCCGGUAUCCCUCAAGGUACAAAAUUAGGGCCCUGGCUAUUUUGUUUAAUGAUAAACGAUCUUGAUAUUUGUGAUAUAUCGAGGUGGAAGUUUGUUGAUGACACAACAGUUGCUGAAGUAGUUAGUAAGGACACAGAGAGCCGUGUUCAAGUUGCAGUUGAUGUUGUGGAAGAUUGGUCGAAGGCAAAUGGGCUAUCUCUUAACACUGAGAAAUGUAAAGAACUGAGAAUCGAUUUUAAAAGAAUUAAACAACAUUUUGAUCCUGUACUGGUGGGUGGAGAAGCAUUGCCUAUAGUUGAGAGUGCAAAAAUAUUGGGUCUUGUUAUGACAGGCACACUUCAGGGGAAAGAUAACAUCAGAGAGAGUAUAAAGAAAGCUAAUAAACGCCUCUAUUUUAUAGUACUAUUGAAACGGGCAAGCGUAAAUGUCAAUGAUGUCUUGAACUUUUAUUGUACAGUGAUCAGGCCUGUGCUCGAGUAUUGUGCGCAAGCCUUCCAUCAUUCCAUCCCAAAGUAUUUGGCAGACGAACUUGAGACUGUCCAGAAACGUGUGCUAAAAAUUUUAUCUCCUGAAAUGACAUAUUGUGAGGCCAUUGAGUAUUUUAGACUGCCUACUCUAUUUCAAAGAAGAGAGGACAUGUGUGACAAACUCUUUACGAGUAUCAUCAAGGAUCCAAUGCAUAAACUUCAUCAUCUGCUGCCCCCGAAGAACGAGACUGAUUAUUCUUUCAGGACGAAUCGGUAUUUUAAUAUGUACGUUACACGCACGAACCGCUUUUAUAACUCUUUUAUCCUUGCUAUGUGUAGGAAGUUUGUAGGAUAGAUUUUAUGCUUAUUUUAAUCGAAUUUUGAUCGUGGGUGGGUUUUUAUAAUAUUGUAUUAAUAAUAUAUUUAUAUGUAGUGCAUGUGAUAAUAUGUAAUCCACGCAAUUCAGCUUCUGGCUGCAAUGUGGUUUCAAUUUAAUAAUAAUAAUAAUAAUAAUAAUAAGCAAAAUAUCCGAUUCGCUUGAUUAAUUCCAUCUGUGAUAUAUGAUUUCCAGUCGCGUCUCCUCCAAAACCGGCCGCAAAAGCUUCACGCCCACUUUUAAAUUGUUUUUCUUUUCCUGUUCAAGUCGCUUAAAAUCACAAAUGCUUUUCCACAUAUAAUCAUUGGAAGACGUUUUAACAUCCUCUUUCCACUCAUUUGCCUCGGAACGAAGCUCAAAUUUUCCGAACCAAAACUCGAUAUCGCGCCGUCGGAAACGACUCCGGGAGCCACACUGGAUCGAGUGGACGCGGCCAUUUAUGCUGGUCACCAAUGUAUAAAUAUUAACGCAAAUUCAUAAAAAAAUGCUUCAAAUACAUUACACAACUCUCUCUACAGAUAUUUUUAUAUCUAACACAAAACCUAGACAGCACACCCAAUUAUUCCAAUAUAUCGUACUAUGCUUGUUCUUAUAAAGUUACAUACCACUUGUGCCAUAUUCAUGCAAACAAUUAAAUGACAAAUGUUUUGCAAAGAAAAUUUUCGAAACAGUUUUAUGGUGUGGGUACCGGUCUGUGUUGCUUCUCAAAUAAUCGAUUCCUGACCAUAUCGUUUAAAUCAACUUAUCAACUGAGAUUUCUGAACAUCUUUAAAUCCCCACAGCCAUGCAGUUAAGCCACAUCAUUGUAUAGCAUUCCAUCAGCUUUAUACCGCUUUGAAAAACUAUAAGUAAGCUGUAAUUAGUCGUGAAAAUGCAAACGAAAUACCGGUACUGCUUGUUUUUCCCUGGUUAAGGUCUGGCGUGCUUUUGGCAGAUAUACUGAUGUGUGUUCGUGUUGUUCCAACCUCGCUUUAUUUUAGUGCUAAGAUUUUUUUCUCGUCUUUACUAUUGAAUAUAGCGACCCAUCUAUCUCUCUCUUUUGUUUAUUUGAUCUCAGUUGUUUGGGAAAUGUGAAAACACAAUUUUUUCACUUUUUUGUUUCAAACCUCGCAAAAAAGUCUAAUGUAGUCCCGUAUUCCAGCGCGCUGAACUUCAUUAUGGCGGCCGCGCUGCAAUGACUGUUUUUUAGCAGCUUGUCAGUGUUGUCAAGAGUGUCAGGGGUCAUGUCACGAGUGUCAGAUCAUGUCAGUAGUGUCAGGUCAUAUAAGGAGUGUCAGGUCAUUUCAGUAGUGUCAAGUCAUGACAGUGGUGCCAUGUCAUGUCAGGAAUGUCAGGCAUAGAUAUCUUAUAUACUCUAGAUAGCGCAUCUCUUUUAGUAAAAUUGAAGCCAAGAAUAUUCCAGCGGUUACCCCCAUUUGAAUAGAUGGCGGCCAUGUUGGUCGUUGCCACUUGCUAAUAAACGCUUAAAAACAAUAAUGACUUUCAUCAUUUGAAUAGUUUAAAAACGUAUUUGGAAUAGGGUUAACUUAAUGUUUAAGUUCCCUGUUUAAGAAAUAGAAAAAGUACGAAUCUUCUCAUGUCAUGUCAUGUCAGGAGUGUCAGGUCAAGUCAGUGGUGUCAUGUCAUGUCAGGAGUGUCAAGUCAUGUCAGGAGUGUCAAGUCAUGUCAGAAGUGUCAAGUCAUGUCAGGAGUGUCAGGUCAUUUCAGGAGUGGUCAGGUCAUGUCAGGAGUGUCAGGUCAUUUCAGGAGUGGUCAGAUCAUGUCAGUAGUGUAAUGUUAUGUUAUGUCAGGUCAUGUCAGUGGUGUCAUGUUGUGUCAGGAGUAUCAGGUCAUGUUAGGAGUGUCAGGUUAUUUCAGGAGUGGUCAGGAGUGGCAGGUCAUGUCAGUAGUGUCAUGUUAUGUCAGGUCAUGUCAACCAUGUCAGGAGUUUCAGGAAAAUCUUCUGAAAUUGACUGGUCAUAUGCAAUUUGAUUGGCUUGACAGCGACUUUCGUUGCGAAUUGUCUUUAACAGUUGUCCCAUGGACAUCGCAUUAAUUGUUUCUUCGCGUUCGACGUCAUUAUGAAAAAGGUGUAUUGAAUGAUUAUAUUAAAGGGAGGCAGGUCUUGUAUUAAUGCGUUUAUGGUGAUAGUGAAUUUGAAAUAUUUUGUGAUCGAUAUUAUCCUUCCAGGUUUCCAUAGCCAACGAGAUUUGCUAUUUUUUAAUUUCAGAGCUCGGCAUCUUAUGAAUGAUCUUCAGACAUUAAUGCCUCAUUCGAAAUCAGGUAAAUUAAAGGUCAUGUGAAGCAGUUUUUGCAGCAACGCAAUUUGAACAUAGAGCGAUGUUGUGUUAAAGUACAGUGGAACCCCAUUAAUACGGCCAAGGACGGGCCGAAAAUAAUAAAGGGUUAUUGACCGAGCGUGAGGUCUGUACUGUGAAAUAUCAGACCGAGGUUUUCUGAUAUUUCACAGUACAGGCCGAACAAGCCAGGUCAAUAAUCGGUUUAUUACAUGGAUGAACUGAGUCUGCAUGUCAGCAUAUGCUUUUCGCGCGAAUUAAAUCGGCUAUCGUCAGUUUUACUGGGUAACAAUAUACGAUAGGCAUGCAUGCUCAAUCAAAAACAAUUUGGUUUUUUUGGAAAUUUUUAUCUGUAAAGCACAAUUGGAAAUUUAAUUAAAAAGCAAAAAAAUUUUCUGUUUGCAAAGCAAAAAUUUCCCGCCAGAUAAACGACAUCCGGGACACCAGUCCAGAUACGGAAAAUACGGACCACGGUCCGGAUAUGGGUUUCUACGGACCGCUUGUCAACCAAUCAGAAUAGAGAAUUUGAAAAGCCAUAUAAUAAUUGGUCGUAUUAACGGGGUAUCUUUAUAAGAAAAUCAUUUGUCUUGGCAUGUAUGUAAUAUGUAGCCUCGAUAAAGAGGUGACCGUAUAUUAAUGGAUGACCGUAAUGCGGGGUUCCACUGUAUUCUUGGGUUUCAUAUAACGUCACAAAAGUGACGGCGGAUCAACUCUAAAACAAAACACAGUUAUCCGAGUGAGUCGACUGCUCGUUUUAUUUAUUAGCCUUGUGUUUGGUGACAAAUACAUGGAAUUUCGUAUCAUUUUCUCACUCCAGUACAGCAUAAGCAUCAAUACAUUUGAGGUUGACCCCCCGUCAGAUUCACUGCAUAAUGCCGUAGUGAAACCCAAGAAUUGGCAGUAAAUCAGUGUGUAUGGGAUUUUUCUCACUUUCCAGAUAUUUUUAAUAUUUUUUCAUAUUUCUUUCAUGUCUUUGUGAUACGUUUUUUUGAGGAAAAGGUCGGUGGAGUAAAAUGCAGGAAAAGUUCUUCAUUUAACUUUGAAUACGUUUUACAUAACAUGACUCCGUGCUUCAAAUUGCGUUGCACGUUGCAGAGCAACGGAAAGUGUAACAUGGCGUGUUAUCUCGUAUAACAUUAAUAACAAUUUGCAUAUCUAUUAUACGGUAGAUCUGUGUUGUUUACGUAUUUGUCUGUGACUAUAUGACAAGAUUUAAGGAUUCAAAACUUUUUACAAAUUAUUCAAUAUUUUAUUAGAUUCUAAACUUGACAGAAAAGAUAAACUUUUUGUCGUGAAUGAGGUAAAGUAUAGGAAGUUGAAAUUAUACAUUUGUUGGAUGCAGUUUACCACACAGUUUAUUAGAUUUUUUAUAUUAUUGUUUUAGUUUGGGUACAUUUGCACUUCUGUGUACUUCAAAACUUUAGAAAAUAAAACUUCUAUUGAUACAGGCAUGAAUUUUGGAAAACUAUCUUCAUGUUUUUAUAAACAUGAUGUUUGGAAGAUUGCUUUGAAAUUUGCGUUAACUUAGGAUUAAGCUAACUGGCGUUUGAACAACCGGCCCCAGAGGAACACCGCGGGAAAACGUCUGCGCAUGCGCAAGAACUAAAAUGGCGAACAUUUUAAGUUUUAUUACUCAAAACAAAAACAUGGCUAUUUAUUCACUCGAUAUAAGUGAAACAAACAAGAAAAUACAGAAAACGACUAGACCUUAAUCAUGAGUCCUCUAACAUUUAAGGUAUAUAAAGAAGUAUAAAUUAAAUUUAAAAAGUCUGGUUUGAUCGGGAUGUAUCGAGCGCUUUCGGUGCAAAACGAUUAAUUAGUAUAGGUUAAUCACACGGGAAGGAGUGCAAUUAAUGAUUAACACUACGAGUGAUAUUUGAAAAAUGUGCCAAAAUUGCACGAGCCGCCGAGGCGAGUGCAAUUUGGCACAUUUUUCAAAUAUCACGAGUAUUAUAUUUAUUUAUUAUAUACAUGACAAAAUCGCUUUCUUUAUAUUUCAACUGCAUUUUGUCAAGAGUUUUUAAUUCUUUUGUAAGCAAUUUGGUAUAAACAAACUUGGGAAAUGAUUAUAAACUCAUAAACGCACAUCAUUUAAACUAGAACACAAGAUUCAAACUCAAACAACAUAUUUUAGACAGAAUUAGACUAAGAAAAUCUUUAUAAAUUGUAUUUCAAACUUACAUAGUCACGUUUCGCUGCAUCCCGCCAAGAUUAUUUCUUAAGACUGUUUCCAGGUAUUUUCCACAGGCUCUUUUUGCCAUACAAUGUUUCUUAAACUUAUUCUUGUGCCAAAAUUCAGUUAAUUUCGUCCACAUUUGUUAGAAAUACUUACCUAAAUUUCGCCGCCAUAUUGGAUUUUGUUGUUUUGAUUUCCCGCUCCCCCCAGCCAUCACGAAAAUCAUUAAUUGCACUCCUGGAGAGUGCAAUUAAUGAAAUAAUUGCACUCCUCUUAACCAAUCAGAUUGCAGUAAUUUUGUCAUGUAUAUAAUAACCAAAGUUUAGACGUGAAAAAGAAGCAAACUCUUAGGAAGAUAAGGCUCUUAAUCUCUUAAAUCCGGCCACGUGAGUCAUAAAGUUAAAUUUCUUUACGCAAAAGUUUUUGAUUCUACGCAAAUUAAAAUGUUUUUGAGGAAAAGUGGAUCAUAUGAACCUACGAAAAAUAUCUUUGUUCAGUUAAUUAAAUAACUUUUUAUACAAUAAAUUUAUCAACAGUUACCAUUGGUUCAUUUUCUUGCAUAAUACUAUUUCUUGCGCAUGUGGACUGUAUAAUUAUUUCUACUUGACCUCAUUUUUUAAGGGGAAGCAAACUUUAUAAUAUAUAAUUCUAUAACAAUUUAGAAAUAUCAGCGAAAACAGCCAUGCAGGAAACGUUUUGAAACAUCUAACGUAUACUUUUGAGAGAUUUUCUGCAAAUGGGAAAAAUAAAACUAUUCGUCUUUUUUAUCUUUUAAAUAAAUAAUAAAACAAUUAUUGAAUUCAGGUUUCGCAUGAUAUGAAGAUUUAUCAGGGACUCGUGAGUUAUCAACAUCAGCCUUCGGUUUCUGUUGAAAACACAAACGUCGGCAUUCAUAAUUCUUCAUAUGCGAAAACCAUAACACUAGCGAAAUUCAAAUAAUUGUUAAAUAAUUAAACUAUAGGUUGAAUAUGUUUAUAAAUAGUUUUUAUUAUGAAUUUAAAAUGUUAGUUUUUCUUUUAAAACUUCAACUUUAUUUGAAUUUAAAUUGUUAGGUUUGUGAAAUGAAGAACUGCAACAAAUGUAUAUUUUUUGAAAUGCGGAAAAAAUCUGAUUUAUUUAUGUGGUAAGUUUCCCCUAGAAAGCUAACCCCUUAAAAAACCCUACAUAAACUUGUAGAAAUAUUGAAAUAUCUUGAUUUAUGGUGAUUUUUUUAACCAUUUGAACAUGCAUAUAUGUCUGGGCUAAAAUUAUGCCAUAACAGCACGAAAAUACUGUAUGUAGUGCAUUACAUUAUACUAUUUUCGUGCUGGUAUGAUAUAAUAAUUUUGAUUUAGCCCAGGGACAUAUAUGAAUUUAAUACAAACUGGUAUUGUUUCUAAGCUUUACUGUAACAAAACUCUGCAUAUGAUUCUCAUGAAUCUUGAUCAGCUUAACAAGACAUUUGCAUAGGCAUGUAUUUGAUCUGUGUUUUGGUCAGUAAGAUACCAGUCUAUGAAAAUACGAUUAGGUCAAAUGAACAUGCAUUCUAGGCACUAGCUGUUAGAUAUAGUACUGAGGAUAAAGCUGUUAUAUUAUCCAGGUGAUCUUGAUACGCGAAAAAGUACUGGCACUAGUUGUCAAAUAGAAAUCCAUUUUAUGAUUAAAACAACUGAAUAUCUCCUGUAAUAUACUUUAUUUCGAUUCCAUAUUUUUAUCAGAGCUAUAGUUCUCAUAACCAAACAUAAUUACAAAAUUUCAACUAGUUUCAUAAAGAAUAAUGAAAGAUAUAAUUGACUGAAUACAUCAAAAUGGAUUUCUAUUCGGACAACCCUUUCUGAGCGCUGAUUGGCUUAAAUACGAACACGAGAUCACCUGGAUAUGUAUAUAGAGAAAAUACUAUCUUAUAGUUAUAAUUGACAGAUCAUGCAAUGAAACUGGCUAAUAGUGUUUGUUUAUAUUCAUUUAGGAUAUCAUGCACUCCUCAUGGACCAUCAGCUAAAUUUCUUGUUGAAAACGGUGAGGGACUAAGCAUUUUCCCCCAGCUAUUUCGUUUAUAGUUACAAUAUCAAGAUUAUUCAUUAUUCCAUUUUGACUGCAGCUAUAUAGCUACCAAAAUGAAUAUAAGAGAAUUUUUCACCUUGAAAUAUUUUAGUUUUAAUUUUUAUAUAUUUUUUUUCAUAGUUCAUACAAUGGAUGAAUUGAAGUUAACUGGAAAUUGUUUAAAAGGGUCAAGACCAUUAUUAUCAUUUGAUAAGGUUAGGCCAGGUGAUAAUCUUGUAAACUGUGUUUGGAUCACUUUAUUGCACGUUGGAAAAGUUAAAAUAACUUUUAAAAUGUAUAAAUCACAUCAUGCUUAAAUCGUAUGGGAUUUCACGCGCAAUGUUGCUGUUUUAGAGUUUUGAUCUCACCCCACAUAAUUUGUUGUUAAAAGAAAUGUUUACACAGGUACAGUUAUAUUUGAGUUUUUACAUUGACACCAAGAAUGAGGGUUAUCCUCUAUUUAAAACUACAUGUAUAUUUCACUGAAAUAUAUGUCAUUCUUGUUAGAUAUUUGGUACUCCAAAUCUUCACCCAAAGAGUAAACCGUUCUAUGAUCACGUGAUGUGUUUCACCAUUGAUGAUAAUCGUAUUUGGUACCGCCAUUACCAGGUAUAGUUCAACGUGUUGGGCGUCUUUGACCUGUAGGUUGUGGGUCAUUUUUUUUGUGAAUGUUCUAUUAAUGUAUGAUAAUUUGUUUAUACCUUAUUUAGAACUUUGAAUAACUUACAUAUACUGUACUGUACCUAUAGUUACUAUUCUUCCAGUCAAUGGAAGGGCCCUGAGUGAAUAACCUUGGCCUGAUGGAAUAAAUCGUAUACUUUUGUUCUACUUUAUGUUGUCGUAAAUCAGAACAAUGGUAAUUAGGCAUGUAAGUUAUUCAAAGUUGGGUUAGGUUGGAUAGCAACAGGACGCUGAUAGCAACGAUCCAAAUAGCGUAUAAGCUAGCUUUAUGUAUUUGUUUAUUAAAUGUUUAUAAACAUACUCUUGGACUUAUAUAGAUAAUUCAAGAUGGCUCUCUUCUCGAAAUAGGUUAGUGAAUAGAAUGUAAGGUCACCUUAAUUGAUACAAACAUUUUAUUAUGGUAGAGAUUAGAAUGUUCGGAGUUUACAUAAUUGUUCUGAAUAAAUUAGUUACCAACCCAUUCAAAAAAUUUAGGUUAGGGCUAAAACUAAGGGCUCAGAAUAGAAUCACGUGGUACCGAAUAUUGCUUGAAAUCAGCUACUAAAACAAGAUGUGGAAACACUGUAAACGACUCAAUCUAAUAUAUGGUUUAGGUACGCAAAUGUGUAUAAAACGGCCCGAAAGUAUUAAUGGGGACUGUGUGGCCAAAUACCUCCUAAUAUAUAUGUUACAAUCUUCUCGUGCGGUGAUGUUCAGACCCCAGAUGUUCAAGCCUUAAGCAAAUUAUAUAUAAUUACAAGGCGCGUUACCCUUAGUGUACAACAGUAGAGAGAGAGAUCUAUAACACUGACUCGCUAAGAUUAAAAAACUCGCAAAAUAGUUUAAAUUUCAGUGCAGGUAUUUCAGUAAUACGAUUAUGUGAUAAUAUAUAAAAUGAUCUUAUAAAAUAUAAAAAAAAAUUAAAAUGAUCAAGAACUCUCCGAAAUUAUAGCACAACUGCCAAACAUAUUAUAUAAACCUAAAGAGUCUUUAUAUUGAUUACAUUCAUUACAAAAAUUUAUAAUAUGAAGGACAUCCUCCUAUGAAGUGUUCCGGUGGUAUGUGUACGUCCUAUGAUUAGGAUAAACGUCUAGGAAAUGACGUCAUGUCCUGUUUUGUAAACAUGACAAGGAAUCUUACUCUUUUAUACCAAAACAACACAGUCAAGUAUAGUUUUAGAAAAAAUUCAGGUUUUAUAGCUGUUUGACAUUUAGGCUUUUAGAUUUCAUAAUGUACAUUACAGUAUAAUGUACAUGUAAUAUUUCAAUUUCUAGUAGUGUUAUAUCCAACAACUCAUUUGCUUUAAUAGAAACAAUGCGCCAAAUUUGAAAUAAAUUUUUAUAACGGGAAUGUCGGAAAUAUAGUAACCUAAAGAUGGAGUUUCCAGACGAAACGUUGUAAUUAAUAAACUGAUUAUAUGCUCAGCAUGUGGUCUGAUUUCCUGACGCGUCUUCAAAUUGUCAUUAUGGGAUGAUAAUAAUGACGACUUCAUGUGAGGACUGCAAGCCAUCAACUCAGGUCAUUUAGAAAGUGCCUUUGAUUCCCGCGCACACAAAUAGUCAUCCAAUAUGAUCAUAUCGCAUAAUUUUAAAGAGUGUUUUGUGAGAAAAUAGCGAGCUUAAGCAAGCGGCGUUUUUGACAACACGAACGUUGACCGGAAGCAAAUUUGACAUUAUCAACCAAUCAACAUUCUUGACCCAGUCUUUUAACGUUACUCAUGCCGUUCGUGUUGUCAAAAACAUCCCUAAUAUAUAUUGACCUACUUCAAGUUGCAAUAAUACUAUGUUCAAUGAUUGGUACGUACAUGCAGUAUCGUAAAUUUUGUAACUACGAUGUAUAUAUACAUGAUCUUCUUUGGCGACGUGUCUUUGCCAUGUGGUAAAAUAGGAAGUCAUCAUUAAUUGUGAAAUAUGACGUAUACUUCAAGCAGUGCAAGUGACUAUGUGAAAUAUUGGGGGUGCGAAGUUUCGUUUCCAACAUAUUUCCGCUGGCGUGGGAACCACGGAGGCUGGGCAGGAUUAAGUCAUGUGGUGGUACAGAGAUCUAGAGUUGGCCAAGAGUCGUAUAUAAUUGUCAAGUUUUACAUCAUUUGUCAUAUAAAAAGUUUGUGUUUAAGUGGGUUAGGAUAAAAGGCGGAUACGGAGCGGACGGACAAAGCCGAUAUGGGGGUAAAACGCAGAGCGGAACAACAGUCCCUAUAAGUUCGCUGCAUGUGGAAUCGUGAAAAUUGUAGUGUGAAAUGGGAACUGUUGUUAUAUAGAUUAAACACAGUGCUUUAACUCAGUGGUUCCAGUAGGUUUAACUCGGUGGUUCCAAUAUGGUUCUCAUUACCUAGCCUAUAUCUAAGCUUUAAAACUAGAAAGUUUAUUUUGCCAUGCACACAACGAAUCGGCCAUAAAAUGUAGUUUUAUAACCAUAUCCGCGUUUUAUCCCCAUAUGCGUUCCACCUUUAUCCCCAUAUCCGCUCCGUGCGCUCCGCUCCGUGCGCUUCGCUCCAUAUCCUCGUUCGCACGGCUUUUAUGGUCCAUCGGAAGUGGGCGGGGUGGUAUAAGGGAGCAAUAUGCUAACCAUUUGGCUUUUGAAGGAGGGCAAUUUAUAUAGAGGGAAAAUGUCUGAUAUAUACAAGCCAAGAAAGGCUAGGGGAAAAUAUCAGGCGCCACCUGUUUUGCUUAGGGAAUUCCGCAGGGAAAUAUAUGUCCAUAUAGCAUGCAUCUGAAAAAGUAAUGUAUUUACCAAACUGUGCAUAGUAAUUUAAUUAAUGUUAUUGCACGUACAUUUCUUGCGGUAUUGUUGACUGAGAACCGUUGGCUAAGGACCAUUUUGUGAUUAGUUCAGACUACAUCUUCUCACAGUGGUUACGACUGUGGUGGUGGACCAAAUAUUUGGAGUGCGAAGUUACAGGUGCCUAUGGAAUCCUUUUAAAUUGUUGUUUAAAUUGCAGUAUUCAAACUAUGUCUACCUAUAUGACAGUUGCUGAGUUGCGCUAUUGUACAUCUUCCCACGGUAGUUACAUGUCGAGUCUAAAACCCACUUACAACUGUCCAGUCCAAACGACAACCUGCUUUGAUGCUCACCAGUGAAAACAUUAUACAUUCGUUCGCUUAGAAGUAUUUUCAGUAUCGUGUAUUCCUGUUAACAAACUUUUUAAAGAUUUCAGUUGCAGAUACAUUAAACCUGUUCAUAUAUAGAUACCACACUAAUGAACGGCGCAAUUGAAUUAUCUUAUACUUCCUAUCACAUGCUUGGCCGACAAUUGUACUUGAUAUAUUUUUAAAAGAAUCUCUCUGAAAGUCGUAAGAUUUUCAUUUGAAUAAUACAAUGUAUAGGUAUAUGUGGUUGGAUUUUCAUUUGAAUAAUACAGUGCUCGACAUGCAUGAUAUUAUAAUAGAAAAUCGUCGUUGAUAUACGCGUGCAACUCCCAAGUUUUCAUAUCAGGUUUUACUUGCGCAGCAUCGCUUUAAAAAGAAAAUAAUUGUUUUUUCUGCGCAAAUAUUUUCUAUAAGACCUAUAACAUCUUUCCAAAUUUUUAUAAGUGAUAUAAUAUAUGUCAUAUUUACAUCAUGUCGGUUCAUAGAUGACGCAUGUUACAGUAAUUUCCUAAGCGGAUGCACUUGGCAUUUCCGGCAACUGAUUUCUGUACAUUUAUGAAUACCAGAACGAUGAAAGGCCGUGAGAACAUGCAUGACACCUUUUGAAUUUGUGCAGACACAUUUUAACAUCUAGUUUUAACAGUAUUUAGCCUUUUCCACUGAGGCACAUGCUGAAAUUUUGAAUUUUGCUUGCAGGCACUAUUAAUUAUAUAAUUGCAUCCAUUACUGCAAAACAUCAUAGAAAUUCCAUAACCUUCAAUGGACCAUUUGCAUUAUAGACUAAAUUUUGAUCUAAACAAGUCUAGACAAAAAUUUCAUCACAGCUUGAAAGAGCAUCACAAAAUUAGUAAUAUUCCAAAGUUUCGUUGCGAAAUGUUGUAAAAUGCGGAUAAUAUAGGUUAUAUAGCCUUGCGAAAUUUGCAAUUUUCAGUCAUUUUAGAUACCACUUCUUUGCGCAAUACAAAAUGACUGAAAAUUACAAACUUCGCAAGGCUAUAUUAUCCACAUUUUACAACAUUUUGCAACGAAACUUUGGAAUAUUACUAAUUUUCUGAUGCUCUUUCAAGCUGUGAUGAAAUUUUUGUUUAGGCUAGUUAAGAUCAAAAUUUUGGAAAAGUGGUAACCAUUUCCCGUUUGUAAUCUAAAAUGACUGAAAAUUGCAAAUUUCCCAAGGCUAUAUAGCCUAUAUUAUCUGCAUUUUACAACAUUUCGCAACGAAACUUUGGAAUAUUACUAAUUUUGUGAUGCUCUUUCGUGCCAUGAUGAAAUUUUGUCUAGACUUGUUGAGAUCAAAAUUUUGGUUAAUUGGGGAAUGGUCCAUUGACAGCCCCAAAGGUUAUUGGGCUGUCAAUUUCCCUCGCGUAAUGCAAAAUGACUGAAAAACGGCAAAUUUCGCAGUGCUAUAUAUUAUCCGCAUUUUACAACAUUUCGCAAAGUCUAGGGCCUGUAUAUGAGUUUGUAUGCGAUUCAUUUAGGACAGGUAAUCUCAACUGUUUUAGGGUAAAAUGACCAUGGCGGUCAACAUGGCAUAUGUGCGAAAACCUGAAUCCGGGGCGAAAGUCCUGAAAAUGACCCCGCCCUGAAACGGCAGUGUCGACAUAGCUCUAACUUCCGAAAAGGAAAAGCAAUAGCCUUUCUGAAGUGCUUGUAGUGUUUAGAAGGGUUGCUUUUAGGGGUGGUUAUUGGAAGGAAAAAUUUGUCUAAGUAUAAUAUUUUACCAGAAAAUGACCAUGCACCACCCCAGGUAAAAUGCUGAUUAUGCACAAAAUAACUAAUAUGCCUGGCAGAAAUUAAAUUUUCUUAUUUCCUAAAAAAAAUUAUCAUGGGAUGAAAAACUAUGCUUAGUUCAAUAUAAUUAUUGUGGAUUUCAUAAGGAUUGUCUUUGUUUUCUUUUAAUAUAAUACAUUUUAUUUCACUUACCCCCCACGAAAACACGAUUUCAGCCAUAUUUUGCCGUCUUGUUUGCUUUUUAUCGCCGAGUCUCGCAAAUAUCAUCCAGUCGUUGUACUUUUACUUAAUUAUAAAUGGCUAAAGAGUAUUUCACCCAAGUUUCAUGAAGUUUUGGAACUGUGCAGUGUAUUUUAUCUUCGAUAUUGUGUCCUUCGAUAUUUCGUCAAAUUGCCGCCAUUUUAAUGGCUCGCCGCUUCUCUGUUCGAUAAAUGCCACUUCUCCAUUUUCAUAUGUAUUUAGAUUACAGUAUCCUGAGUACAUUACACCAGCACAGCAGAUUUCAUGAUUAUUAGAUUACACUGAUAUCGAAGGAACUAGACUCAGUUCCGAAAUAUCGCAUACUCGAACCGUCCUGACCACGUAGCUCAGUUGGAAGAGCAUUGGGCUGGUAUUCCAAAGGUCGUAGGUUCGAAUCCCGCCGUGGCCAGGCAUAUUUUUCAAGCCUGCCCGGUGUGCAUGGAUAUACACUCAGAGUAUAGAGAGUAAAUACAAUAUAUUUAGUUGUUUACAGCCUCGAAGGGUUUGGGGCUGUCAAUUUCCCGUUUGUAAUCUAAAAUGACUGAAAAUUGCAAACUUCGCAAGGCUGUAUUUUCCGCAUUUUACAACAUUUCGCGACGAAACUUUGGAAUAUUACUAAUUUUGUGAUGCUCUUUCAAGCUGUGAUGAAAUUUUUGUCUAGAUCAAAAUUUAGUUUAUUACGCAAAUGGUCAAUUGUUUUCAAAACCUUACUUUAGAAAUAGUAUGGAUCUCAGUUGAAAAUAGUAUUGAAGUCCAAUUUUCGUACUAAUUGCAAUUUCCAUAAUAUGAAUAUUAUAUAAUAUGGAAAUCCAUAAUAUGAUAAUAGUAUGAAUAUACUAUAGAUUUAGUGCUGCAAUUGCAAAUUCCAUAAUAUGAAUUUCACUAUUUUUCCAGUGCUUUAAUUAAUGUAAUCUUUAAUGUAAUGUUUAAUGUAAUCUUUAUAUAUAUAUAGUGUACAUAAUAUUACAUUGGCCCGAUUGGGUUGAUCACACAUAUCAAUACUAAUUAUAUAUACUAACCAGCUCGCACCGAAACAGCCCAGUCCUUGAUCUAUGCAUUAAAAUCAGAAUAUUGUCAGGAAUGUUGUUUCGUGACUACGUUAGAUUUUAAAGAAGUACUCAACCCAUAUAUGUAACGAAAACAUUUAUCGCAAAACCAUUGCUUAUAGUAUCUUCGUAAAAAAAUAUUUGAGAUAUUUUAAAAAUGUCGCUUGAAUAUACGCUAUGCUGCACAACCAUCCUCUCACAAGCCAUUAAUGGCUCGUCUAGCGGGGAGUUGCUUUUUGUUUCCGCGUGGGAUGCUGGGAAUUAAUUCAUUGCGGGUGGGCCUUUAUAUUGGAUUAUUGGGUCCAAACGAGUUUUCGUUCUUUGGGAGUUUGGGAGAGUUGUAUGCAUGCUUAAUUAAAGCCUUGUUUCAUUUGUCCGACUAUAUGAUAAUAUGUUGAUAUAUAUUAUAUAUCUUGCAAAAUGCAAGAUAGAUCUAGCUAGGUUAUGCCUAUUUCUCAUCAAUUAUGUUGGAGCUAUUGCGUCAACCGAACUUGCAUAAGAUUGUGUACAUGCAUGCAACCAGAUCAGUUUGAGUUAGGAUGCAUGCAGGCUUCCAGCCAUUCUUUCUCAUUUAGAUUAUUAUAACCAUGCAGUAAUUUAUGUUGUCUAUAAGUUUUCAUGUUUUGUUAUAUCUAUAAUCUAUAUACGAUACGAUAUUUACGUGAGUCGUGAGCGUACUUACAUGCACCGCAUGAUCAAUACCGAUGUCCAGACAUUCAACUUGUUGUCGGUCGAUCCCAGAAUGCUCGUUCAAUGCAUGUUGCCAUGUUGGAUAUUAAGCUUUGAAUCUUAUUAUAAAUACCUAUGUAAAUAUGAUAGCAGUUAAUGUAGAUGUUGUGUCCAAGUUGAGUAAAGUUAGUACUAAAGAUUGUGUAUAUAUAUAUAUACAACCAGAUCAGUUUGAGUUAUACUGCGUAGGUAUCAGGGUGCUAACCAAUUAUUCCAUGCAGGCUUGUAUACCCAUCCCUUCUUAUGUAGAUAAAUAUAACCGAUAUAACCAUGCGGUAAUUUGUGUUGUCUGGUUUUCAUAUUUUGUUACACCUAUAUAUAUACGAUGAGAUAUUUACGUGAGCGUAGUUCACUCAUGGUCUUACUGAUAAGCAUCAGACAUUCAAUAUAUAUAUAUAUAUAUCAUGAGUCUAUUCUAGAAAGUUAAUUAACUCAGUGUUCGAUAAGCUUUGCAUGAAUCUUAAUAUAUACCGAUAUUAUGUAAAUAUCAUGAUAUACCAAUUAAUGGACCGGGCCUGUAUAUAAACAUUCUGAAAAAUUACCCUAAUUUAAAAAAAAUAUUUUUGCCAGUUAUCUCAAACAAAAUGGGUUGUGAUUGCGAAUACUUAUAUGAAUAACAGGAAACACUCGUAUAUAUCAACGAAUCAAUAUUUAUUCAUUCAUACACAUUACCGUCUCAACCAUAUUUUAGCAUAUUUUCCAUGUUUUCUGUUUUGCCUACCAUGGCCAAAUUUCUGGGGGUUUUGCCAAAUUUCUGACAGAUAUAAAAACGACUAUAGCACGCUCCUUUGCUUUGAAAGCAUUAGAAAAAUGCUUUUCUCUCGAAAAGAAAUUUCUCCCAAAACAAAGUGUCAAAGAUGCUUCCAGAACAAUUAAAAUUUAAAGGAGUUAUACGAUGCGUCUUGUUAAUUAGCCAUUUCCCAAUCGAGCAGAGAACUGGGUUUAGUUGAUGUUUGGAGACGUUUGGAGGGACACAUCCUCGUUCCCAGGGCUUCUCGGCUGCCGAGGAGCUCUGGGAACGAGGAUGGGAGGGACAAGAAGUUAUAGUGAGCGAGCUGAAUAUAUAUUAAAAAAUGCCUUAUUAUAAUUGUUGCAUUUCAGUACAAAUAAUGUCUGCACAAAUAACUUUAGGAAUGUAGGAAAACUUCCUAGAUGCCAUAUUCGGCAUAUUGUUUAUGUUUUGUCUCUCCAAACAAGCGACUAGACCCAGUCCUCUGCUCGAUUGGGAAAUGGAAAAUUGGAAUGAAUCGUCUGCGGGCUCGCGACCGCUUGGCCUCAUAGACAUGGCCAUAGGUCAGCCUCGUCCCCAGGCUCCAACUCAGACGCGCGGGUUCGUGGCGCGACGCAAGACCCAGUGGACGGUUGUGGACGGGUUCUCCAUUGUUCACGAAACGGCGCAGCAAAUCAAAGCGCCUUGGGACGAGGCUGGUCAUAGGUCAUAUUUAUUUAUACGAGCCUCUUUUGCACGUUUAGUCAUGCACAAGCAAUAAGUGUGAUUUUACUUGUCCUAAUUCUGUUUUUAAUACAGAAACAAUUUGUCUUCCUUUUGAUAUAGACAUGCAAUUUUCCUCUGUGAUUAUUUCCUUUUCGUUGUUUUUUAUACAGGUCCCAGAUUUGUAUUGAAUCUUGUACGGAUAUUUGAAGGAAGUUUUGGUGGGGCAACUCUUUAUGAAAAUCCAAAUUAUGUGUCUCCAAACGAAGUUAGUUCAUGACUUGUUUAUUUUUUGGCACAGUCUUAUAUGACUCAUCAUGCUAUAUUUGGUCCUAUUUGCUUCACUUUGUAUUAAUUAUAUCUACUGGUCCAAAAUAUAAAGAUUGGCUAAAACGAGUGACUGUAAUUAUGAGAAUCUGUCACAGUAAAAGGCGAACGGAUACUUUUUUGUGGAUAUUAGUGGAGUUAUUUAUACAUUCCCGUUUAAUUUUUUCCCUGAUAAUUACUUUUUGAAACUGCAUGUUCACAAUUGUCCCAUAGGAUGAUAUACAACGUAUACAUUGGAUAAACAAUGGUUUAUGAGACAGUUUUUACAAAAAUAAUCUUUUAAGAACAGAAAUAUAUGGUUCUAUAGAAUAUCGAUAAUAAAUUACGGGAACCACUGAGUGUUUUGAUAAAAUACAAAACAAUAGAUACUCCGAAAAUCGAAAACAUUUUGAAAAUUAAUUUCGACGUUUCAACUAAACUAUAGUCAUCAUCAGGAAAUGAGUGAUGACUAUAGUCGUUCAUGUCCUGAUGAUGACUAUAGUUUAGUCGAAACGUCGAAAUAAAUUUUCAAAAUGCUUUCAAUUUUCGGAGUAUCUAUUGUUUUGUAUUAUAUCGAUAAUACAUUUUUAGAUUUUUGAUUGAUUUUAGACUGAUAAAAUUCACCACGUCAUUAUUUUUAUAUUUUAGCAUCGUCGAAUGUUACGCCUGGACGCAGGUCAACGUUAUCGCAACAAAACUAUGGCUAAGAAUGCGUUGGCUAACAAACGUGAAGCUAUCAAGGAUAUUCCAGAAGAUGAAGUGGAAGCUGUAUUUCAUACGAUAACUCAACAGGAGAUAAAUAUGGCUAAAAACAGGACUUGA